CGUCCGUAUGGUGACUUUUCAGACUGUUUGUACGCUUUAAUUACUGUACAAUAUCUAUCUCAAAUUCAUAGAUAAAAAUUUUAAAUUGCUACGAAAUGGGAUUAAAACAAGUUGUGUCAAUUUGUUUUACAAUACUGACACUGGCAGAAAAACAUGGGUGCCAAAACGCUCGUUUUGAUAACGUUGAUUAUACCAAGUUGGAUCUUAUGAGUCCAAAUGUUGCCGUGGCCUCGAUGGACAAUGGCGUGCCUCUUAUAACCGGCGACACUCUGGCAAAAGAGGUCUCGAGGAACGAUAUACUACUGAUUAUGUGCUAUGUUCCAUGGGAUCCGAAAUAUCAGGCAAAAAUCAAGAAUUUUGAAACCGUGGCAAAACUUGUCCUUGCAAAUACCGAGGACGCAAUGUUGGCCAAACUCGAUAUGGCUGCGGAACCGGUCGCCGCUCGAGCUGUGGAAGUACAGCCACCCGAACUGCAGUUUAUCCUGUAUUUCCGCGGUGCCGCUUACAAUGUGGAUGAGUUUCCCAAUGCAAAAGCCUUAGCGGCUAUGGUUAAGAAGCUUUCACAAAAGAAUUUUGAAGUGCCGCAGUUACCAUACGGCGAAAUACCUAUCAAAAACCUUUCCAAACCGGACUUCGACAAGGUCACGAAUCAUAAGGAAUUCUCUCUUGUCAUAUUCUAUUUGCCGGGAUCUUCGGCAGGUGAACGUUUGCUGUACAGUUUCGAGCUGGGCAUUCAUAAAAUAAAAAAAGACAAAAGAUUUGGGUAUUACAAAUUCGAUGCCACGGAUAAGCCAGACACAUUGCAACGAUUUGGUAUUACCAAACUUCCAGCUUUGAAAAUGUUCAGGAAAGGGAAAGUAUUCGAUUAUCGUGGACCAAAAGUCAACCCUGAAGGGAUUACUCAAUAUUUAACCUGGCAUGCACGGGAACCCUACACUGAAAUGUCGCAUCCGGACGAUCUGGAGAAAUUUCUCAAGGAACAUGGUGAACGUGCGACGGUUGUUGGAUUUUUUGCAUCCAAAACGCUUUCGAAAUUUCAAGAUUUUGUAGAUGUCGCUCAAGACUACCGGGAUGAGCAUAAUUUUAUUUUGAUGCCAACACCUAUGGUGAGCCAAAAAGGCAGUACGGACGAACCGGUGCAAGCUCCGGGCUGGACACUGGCGGUUAUUUUACCGAAGCGUUGGCGCACACCCGACGACGAGAAAAAAGCGGUUCUGCAUCAAGAAGACGCAAGUUACGAAAUGAUAAAAGAUUUCGUUCGCUGGAAGACAACUCCGUUAGCGGGAGAAAGAACAUUUGAAAAUGCUAAAAGUCUGUAUUCUCUGCGUCCGCUUGUGGUUGCUUAUGCAAAAAUUGACUGGAGUAAAACCGGAAAAAAAGAUACCGAGUAUUACCGUGAUAAGGUUGCCCACGCCGCAAAAGACCAUAAGGAUACUUUAUUCGCCAUCUGCAACUCUGAUAAUUUUACUCAAGAAAUGGAACGUUUCGGUUUUAAUCUCGAUCCUAAAUACGACAUUCAUGUGGGAAUCCUUGGCAAAGACGGUGAAUAUUAUCCACGAUGGGACACUGCGCACAUGAGCUCGAAAAUGAUCAGCGAAUUUGUGAAUCAAUACAAAGCCGGAGAAGUCAAGCCGUUUUUCAGAAGCAAGUCAAAGCAGCAAGAUGACCCGAAUGUGCUAGAAUUAUCCUCCGAUACGUUUAACUCGAAAAUCCUUCAUAGCGAUUCACACGCCUUAGUGCUCUUUUACCAUCCGUUGUCCAGAAACUGGUGGACAGCCGAGCAAUCAUUACGGGCGUUGGCUAAAGAUCCGGAAUUUCGGCGGCGGGAUGUCAUCUUCGCGCAGAUUGAUGCCUCGAACAAUGAUCUGCCUUCGGACAUUUCUUUGUCGACAUAUCCUAGUAUAGCUCUUAUUCCAAAGGAUAACAAGGACAAUAUGAUUAAUUAUCCUGGGGAAUUAUUUGAAGAACACAUGGUGAGGCAUUUCCUGUUCGAAGAACUGGGAAAGCUGCACAAAUCCAAACCAAAAACCGAAUUGUAAAAUUUCAAAAUACUCGAAACCAAAAAUGUAAAAUGUUAUAUUAUAUGGUGGACAUGGACUUGAGCGAAUAAUGAGGGCUGACUCUAUCGUGGCCCUUAAUUUUGUUAUCGCCGUCUAUGCGAAUGUUCUUUAUAUAUUUUUCUUGCAUACAUUUCAUGAGCGAUCGAUGUAUUACGAAUCUGUCUUUCGAAUGACUGCAACUACAUAGUGCCGCUCAAAAUAAAAACGUUAGA